GUUAUACUUACGUUCCCCGUUCGUUCAAGGAUAUAACUUGUGUAGUUAAGCGUGGAUUAGUGUGGUUAAACUGCCUUGAAGAAAACAAAUAGUUUACGCCGUUGUAAUCAGCAGAGGAAAUAAUGGGUUCAUCAAAGAAACAUAAGGAAAAGAGCCGCGACAAGGACACAGAAGAGCGCCGUCGCGAACACAAGAAACAUCGCCAUAAGGAGCGAGACAGAGAUGCUUCGGGUCGGGAUGGGACUCGGGAUAAAGACAAACGAAAGCGCUCCAGGUCCAGGGAACGAAGUGGACGGGAGAGCCGUAGCAAAGGUGAAAGGGGCACCGGGGAGCCACGAGUGAAAAAGGAGAAAGUUGAUCAUGGAUAUGAGGAGGGCAAUACAGAAGUGGAACCUCAGUCAGCAAGCGGAGAUGCAUCUCUCAGCAUUGAGGAGACAAACAAACUCAGGGCGAAGCUGGGUCUGAAGCCUCUCGAAUUAAAUGAGAACAAGAAAGAACUUGGGACCAAAGAAGAGCCACUUGUGGCUGAGAUCAUCAACCCCGUUGUCAUCCAGCAGCAGAAAGAGAUGAGAGAGAAGCUUGCUGCUAUGAAAGAAAAACGCCUCCUGAACCAGAAAUUGGGAAAAGUCAAGAGCCUAGCUGAGGACGACUGGCUAGAUGACACAGCUGCUUGGGUGGAGAGAAGCAGGAAGAUGGCAAAAGAAAAAGAAAUGGCAGAGAAAAGAGCUAAACUUCUGGAAGAGAUGGAUGAGGAGUUUGGUGUGAGCAGUCUUGUAGAGGAGGAGUUUGCACAAAGUAAAAAGGAUCCCUACACAUCUUGUGAUCUUAAGGGACUCAAAGUGCAGCAUGAAGUGGAAUCCUUCAGUGAGGGUGACACUGUCAUUCUUACACUACAAGACAAAGGUGUACUUGAGGAGGAGGAAGAUGUGCUUGUAAAUGUGGGGUUGGUUGACAAGGAAAAAGCUGAAAAAAAUGUGGAGCUGAGAAAGAAAAAGCCAGAUUACAAGCCCUAUGCAGAGGAAGAGAGCGUUGAUGACAUGGUUAUGUUUAAGCCCCAUUCUGUACUGUCAAAGUAUGAUGAGGAAAUUGAGGGCGAAAAGAAAAAGAGCUUCCGGUUGAAUACAGGGGGCUUUGCUGAUGGGGAGAGAGAGCGGGAGCUCCAGGCCAUGAGAGAGACUCUACGAAGUCAGGCCCAGUCCUUGGAAAUGCCUGCUCUCACUAUCGCCUCAGAGUAUUACAGUCCUAAGGAAAUGGUGAACUUUAAAAAGACAAAACGCCGAGUGAAGACGAUCAGGAAGAAGGAGAAGCAGAAUACUGCAGAUGAACUUCUCCUCGAUGACACUCGCAGCUCUGAUUUUGGCUCCAGGACACGUGGUCGGGGCCGCAGGCAAGUGAAUGACAAUGAUGAGGAAGUAAAGGAGGAGGACAGCAGACUGCCACACAAAGACCCCCAAAUGUCUGAUGACAUCAGGAUGGCAGAAAUGGACAUAAGUGAUGAUGAAGGCUUCAUACCCAUUGAGCCAGCUGUAAUUGAGGAGGAUGAGGCAGAGCAGGAGCUGCAGAAACAACUGGAGAAGCAGAGGAAGUUGAAGCAAAAGCAACUUCUCAAAGAUUCUGCAGAGAAAGUGGCAGAGCAGGUUAAAGUUGUCGUUAAAGGUAACAGUGACAGUGAUCCUGAGAGGAGGAGCAACAUUGUUUUCAAUGCAACUUCAGAGUUUUGCAGAACUCUAGGUGAUAUUCCAACCUAUGGACUGUCAGGCAACAGGGAGGACCAAGAAGACAUUAUGGACUUUGAACGAGAGGAUGAGAAAGAUGAUGCUGGAGAUUCAGACUCAGAAAUGGAUGAGAACAUUGGAUGGAGCACAGUUAACUUGGAUGAAGAGCAGAAACAACCUGACUUCUCCACAGCCUCAGCCACCAUUUUGGAUGAAGAGCCCAUUGUCAACUCUGGCCUCGCUGCAGCCUUGCUGUUGUGCAAAAACAAAGGUCUGUUAGACACACAAAUGCAGAAGGUGGCCCGCGUCAAAGCACCAAAGGCUGUACUGCCCAGUGGCAACUACUGCAUUGAGGACAAGAUGGGCUUUGAUGACAAGUACAGUCGCCGAGAAGAAUACAGAGGCUUCACACAAGAAUUCAAGGACAAGGAUAGUUACAAGCCUGAUGUCAAAAUUGAGUACGUGGAUGAGUCUGGGCGAAAACUCACUCCAAAAGAAGCUUUCAGACAGCUUUCACAUCGAUUCCAUGGGAAAGGAUCUGGAAAGAUGAAGACUGAGAGGAGGAUGAAAAAGCUGGAGGAAGAGGCACUGCUGAAGAAGAUGAGCAGCAGUGACACUCCACUAGGGACAGUGGCUUUGCUUCAAGAAAAACAGAAAUCUCAGAAAACGCCAUAUAUUGUGCUUAGUGGGAGUGGGAAAAGUAUGAAUGCAAACACCAUUACUAAAUAAGUUUUGGGGGAAAGUGAAUUACCUUAAUUACAAUAAUCUGUGCAUACAUAGACACAAUGUUUUAAUUAAUGUCUGCAAUUUAAUGCCCUAGUUCAUACAUGCUUCAUUGUUGUAGUUACCUGCUCAAUAAAAUGAUUGCAACUGCAAAUGUUCAAAGUGAGGAGUAACUUAAGAGGUCAAUUAAGAAUGCCUUUUGGUUUCAGACAGCUCAUGCAAUAUGACACGAAACAAGAAAGAGGUCAAGCAGUUACAAACAAGGAGAACAAGUAUUAAUCAAAAAAUUGAGAACUGCAUGUUGGUUCUGAUUUUAAGUAGCAAUAUAAUAUAUUUUGUUUAGCUGUAAGGGUAAAUGUGGCUUACAACAGCUAAAAUGACCAAAUAAUGCAAAGAUGUACAUGAACAGCUUUACAGAAUUGCACAUUGUGUAAAUUAUUUUCUGAAAACCUAUAAGGCUGGCUUUACCCUUCCUACAGCCCUGUGACGUUUACAGUCCAAAAAAAUGUGACA